UUAUAAACACAAGGGCAGCAAGACUAAAAAUGAACAGAAUAGAAUAGAGAAAAGCCAUUGAAGGCAGGGGGAAAUUUAUUAAGAAACAACACCCCAUCAAUACUAAUGGCCAUGGACAUGAACAUUAACAUGGAGUAUCACUGUCCAAUAUUGAAGAUAUUUGUUGGUUAUGACUCCAGAGAGGAUGUGGCAUACCAGGUGUGCCGGCACUCGUUGCUGAAGCAUGCGUCAAUUCCAGUAGAGGUGAUCCCGCUGAAACAAUCAGAGCUCCGAGAGAUAGGGCUCUACACUCGUGAGCGUGGUCCAACAGAGAGCACUGAGUUCUCUUUCACCAGAUUCCUCACACCGUACCUAGCCAGGUACCAAGGCUGGGCGGUAUUCGUGGAUUGUGACUUCCUGUUCCUCGCGGAUGUGGCUGAGCUGAUGCAAUUGGCUGAUAACAGAUACGCACUCAUGUGUGUCAAACAUGAGUACCAGCCCAAGGAAGGAACCAAGAUGGAUGGUGUACUGCAGACCUCCUACCCACGCAAAAACUGGUCCUCAAUGGUGCUCUACAACUGCCAGCAUCCAAACAACCAAAUACUCACUCCCCAACUUGUCAGUUCUCAGUCUGGUGCCUUCCUUCACAGGUUCAUGUGGCUGGAGGACGAGGAGAUUGGGUCAAUCCCUUUCACUUGGAAUUUCUUGGUUGGGCAUAACAAGGUGGAGGAGAAUGAUCCCAUGACAAUCCCCAAGGCCAUACACUACACUUGUGGGGGACCCUGGUUCGAGGCUUAUAAAAACUGUGAGUUUGCUGACAUCUGGUUGAAAGAGCUGGAGGAGCUGAAAACAGAAAAGCCAGAGAUCAAAUCAAUUGAGCACAAGGAAAUGAUUAAGGGCAAGAUGUUGGUUAAGGCUUAGUAAAUGUGCAUAUUCCAUCCAUGCAUCCAUCCAAAGCGUAUUUACCAUCAUUAUUUGUUUUCAGUUAGUAUUUACAGUCUGGAGUCUGGAGUCUGGAGUCUGGACUCUGGACCGCCUUCUCUUAAAUUCUCAUGCCCUUUGUACUGUUCUAUAUUGUUGUGGAAUCCUAAGUGGUAUCUAUCAUCAA